CGAAGCACCAAACUCCCGCAGUCUCAUCUCCAACACCAACAUCCAGAACACAUGGCUCCUGCACUACCACGGCGCAUUCCCCUACUCAGCCACUGCAUCCACCAUUUAUUCCCACCUCACCUCAACUCAGGCGGCAUCGUGGAUCCACAUUGGCGGUACGCCAUGCACAGCACAACACACUUCCACAGCAUCAGCUAUGAGGAGUUGAGCAUCUCGCACACCUCUGCAAGUCUUUGCUUUGGCGGUGAAGACAAUCUGGACAUGUUGGAGACGUGGGUGGAAAAGGGGGGUGUGGUGAUUGUACCAGUAGGCGUUGGACAUCGGCUAUUGAAUGAUGUUGACGGCGCAUUCGAGAUGGUUGGGUCGGAGGCCAAGAUCCAAUUGAUUGCGAAGUUCUUCUGGUUCGAUCAAGAUCCCGUAUCUGGCGAUGACGAGCCGGCUUUGCACGUAUAG